AGCGAACUUCUCCAGAGAUUUUCGAACUUCACAGAAACUUUGUGGAGAAAAAGUUUCAGGAGUGCAGAGGAGGGUUGUGUGUCAGUGGUUUGUUGUGUGUCAGUGGUUUGUUGUGAGUUGCGUGUCUCACCAUGUCUGAGUGUGCGCAGACAGAGAACCAGGACCAGUCUGAACAUGGAGCAACCGGACAGUCGAGGAGUCCUCGGGCACUUUGCACCGUGUGUGAUCGCUUGUUCCGGGACCCGAAGCUGCUGCCGUGUCUCCACACCUUCUGCUCGGACUGCAUCGGGCAGCUGGAGCCGUUCUCCCGGUCCCUCGCCUCCCUCAGCCCGGAGCAGGAGCAGGACCGAGCCGCCGUCACCGUGCUCUGCCCGGACUGUGACUCCGAGGUGGACCUGCCUCCCUCCGGACCCUCCGGGCUGAGCACCGACCACCUGGCGCUGGACGCCGUGUUCCUGGAGACUGUGCUGUCGGACCGGCCGCUGAGCUGCGACCUGUGCGGGGAGGGAGGCUCCGAGAGCCGCUGCGAGGUCUGCUGCGUUAACCUGUGCGAGUUCUGCUGCCAGGCCCACAGGCGGCAGAAGCGAACAGCGUCCCACUCUGUUCAGGGUCUGGACGAGCUGAAGUCUCGUGGUCGUCUCAGCCGUCCCGUCCUCUGCCCCCUCCACCCCGGCCAGGAGCUGCGGCUCUUCUGUCAGCCCUGCGACCUGCCUGUCUGCCUGGACUGUGCCGUCACGCUGCAUCGCGACCACCGCUGCUGUCCCACGCAUGAUGUCAUCGAUCGCCAUGGAGACCGCAUCCGAGAGCUGGUUGCCGGGCAACUGCGACCUCUCCUGGAGCGUCUGGAGGAGUCACUGCAGAAGGUGGACGUUUCCCAGGAGGCUUUGCAGGCACGGGUGGAUAUGACAGCCAAUGAGGUGAGGGCGUUUGCACGAGGCUACGCCAGUGCUGUGGAAUCUCACUGCCUGUCUCUGCUGCAUCGUCUGGAGGAGCUCCGUGUCCAACGCAGGAACCAGCUCCACCUGCAGAGGGCUCAGCUGAAGCAGGCGCUGCUGGACGUCCGAGGCAGCGUGGAGUUUGCGGAGAGACUGCUGGGCUCCGGCUCUGACACUGAGAUCCUGAGCGUCAAAGGAGUGACUCUGAGGAGACUGACCAGUUUGGCGGAGAGCAGCUACGACCCGCACCCGGCAACCGUCGCCCCCGACGACGGCAGCAGCAUCAGCUUCAUGCCCGGGGAGCCGGCGGGGGAGGUGGAGGGCUACCCGGUGGUCGGGGUCAUCAGCUCUAAGAAAGUGGACCUCAGCAAGUGCACCAUUGAAGGGGAAGGUCUGCAGCGGGGGGAGGAGGGCGAACAGGGCCGCUUCACCCUGGUGUGCCGAGACUCCGCCGGAGAGCAGUUGGCACGAGGUGGAGAACACGUGCUGGUCAGCGUCGUCCACAAGGAGAAGAAAAACUGCUCUGUGAAGACGACAGUGGUCGACAACAGCGACGGAUCGUACAGCGUCUCGUUCACACAUGAAGAGCCGGGAAGCUACUCAGUGUGGGUUUGUGUCAGAGCUCAACACGUCAAGGGUUCACCGUUUACUCUGAACGUGCAGAGGAAGAUGAGGCGACACAGCGGGACGUUCCACUGCUGCUGCUUCUGCUCCAGCGGAGGAGCCAAGGAAGCUCGAUGUGGCUGCCCAGGAACCAUGCCAGGAGGAUUUAAAGGCUGCGGUCACAGUCAUAAGGGACACCCCGGGAAGCCUCACUGGUCGUGCUGUGGCAGCACCACCGAGCAGUCCGAGUGUUUGCCCCCGAGCGUGCAGGCUGCGGUUUCCCCUCGCGGCCACCUGCGCACCGUGGAGCUCUGAGGAGACGCAGAGACGAGACCUGUGGAGAGGAUGCACGUUAACGGAGGUUGGCGGCGACGGAAGGUUCAGAGUGGCCAGGGUAGCAAGGGAGGGGUUGCUGGUGUGAAUCUUGUCUUUGACCCCCGUCAUUAUCAGGUGUCACAGACUGGACAAGGACAGACAACAUGACAAUCAGAUGUUCUCGAAGAUUGGCUCUGUCAUUUUUAGGUCUUUUUUAUCACACAGAUGUUGGUUAACUUCAUAACAUUUUGAUUAGUUUGGUUUUAAUUUGUUAUUUGAGGGUAUAAAACAAGGUGAACGAUCCUUACGACUCAGACUCUGGCGGCAAAAGUCGUCAAAAAAACGCAAGAUGGCAUCCAGGAUAAUUUGCCUUAAUUUCUAGGUGAAACAAUCUGGAAACAGUGACAUGGAAGGAGCAGUCGGUUUCCUCUCAGGAUACAAAGUCAAUUGUCUCCAGCACUGACCACAAACACAAACCUCCAACUAGCCACUUAUUACCUCUGUAUAUUUCUGAAUAUGCCUUAUCUGUAGUGUGAGUACAAAUACAUAUAUAGUAUAUAUAGUUUUUUUUCUGUAAAAGAUGAAUUCUAAAGUUGAUUUACAGAAACAUGAAGAUGAACUUUUUUUCAUUUGUGGUCCAUUAACUUUACAAUGACAAUAACAGGGAUCGUCUCUAACACUGUGACUUUGUUGCUGCUGUUCACAUUUUUUUAAUAUUUUUAUUUUGCACUGACUUUACAUUCAUCUAUCUGUCCAACACUUGAGCCUUUUCCAGGUUUUGCCAGUUCAAUUUCUGGAAAUUUGUGCCUGUACGAAGAAAUAAAAUUUGUUUCACUUUUGAAA